AUGCAUAAACAUAACACCGGUCAGAGGAAGGUCUCACCUCCUGGCCCAUCCUUCAUGUCCAGCGAUCAAGUUUCGACAUACUUGAAGGACUUGCGGGCAAAUCGUCCUGCCCGUCCGACAGGAUCUCGUCCAUACCCAGGUAGACCAGCCGCAACAAGCGACCUACCUGAUAGCCUUCCUCCAAGGGCAUCAUCGGCAUUAUCCAUGCACAGUCCGGUCGAAGAUGAGAUUGACGAUCACCGACGGUCAGGUAGCGCAAUGUCCCAUCGCCGGACAGCCUCCCAUGUGCCUGGCGGCGGCGCAAUGGGUCGUCCUUUAGCUCAGGAGCCACGCACGCACUCAAUCCGGAAGAACGUGUUUCCAGCACAGAUUCAUGCACGUACCAUUCCCAUCCCGGUAUCUUCAGCUCUGCCCUAUCGUGAAAAUGGUCAACGGCGACACGAAAAGGAAGAGGCACGGGCACUACGAGAUGCCUUGCAGAAAAUGGAUGUUGAGGAUGAUGUUGGUCUUCACCAAGCAGCUCAAGAUGAGGCCACAGAACUAGUUUGGAUGCACCAGAAUCCUGGUCAAGCUUUCAAAAAUCCUUAUGCGCCAUACCAGAAUCCUGAUGCCAUCAGGCGCAGCCAGAGCCCUGUCCGAAAUGGCUCUCGAGAAACUACCCCUUCAACCAAUAGAUUCAGUCAGUCGACAGGCUCAACUGUCUCCUCUGAUGGUAACUCUAGCCCUGAGUCAACGCGGAAGCGAUCAUCUCUAGCUGGACCCUCAAAGAAGAAUCUCAAAGUUAACUUUAAACUGCCUGACGAGGAACCCGAGCAGUCUGUUGCUCCCAAAUCGCGUACCGUCAGCAGUGAUUCCUCUAAAGGAAUUUUCAGGAACCCGAACGACCAAAUCUACGAAGAACCCGCUGAUGCUCAGAAGGAACCCGAAGCAAAACCAGAAUUUUCGAAGUCUGACUCGUCAGCUUUGAAAAACAAACCACGCAACGCUCUGGGGCGUGUGCCUAGGCCACUGCCUUGGCUGCAGAAUAGAGCCCAUACCAGCCCUGUGAUGGAUAAAAUCUCGCGGUUUGAAACCAAUAAGAACCCUCCCACUCAGUCGCGUAACGCCGGUUACACUCGAAACGAAAGCGCUACUCCUCCUCCCACUCAGUCACACAAUGCCGGUUACACUAGAAACGAACCUGCUACUCCGACUCCUCCCCCGGAAGAAAAGAACGAACUUGUCUCUACCCCCGACGGAAGAGAGAGACGCAGUGAUGAUAUCCGGGCAGCGACCAGCAAAAGACGAGGAGACCGCAGUGAAAAGUUACCCAUGCCUUCAGCCGUCAGUGAUCGAAUUGGACGUCCAAUCGUGAGCUUCGACCAAACUUGGAAACCAAGUGAUCAACCGAAGCCUGAUCUCUCUGAGCCACCUCCAAUUCCCGUGAUUAAUGUUCCGGACAUCAAAGUACCCACUAUCUCCGAGAUAGAAGCUCCUUCCAAGAAAUCGACCAGACCGGUACCCCACUCGACGAGAAGCGGUCCAACUAAUCAGGCUAUCCCCAGACAGCAAGGAUCUGAUUCGCAGAGCCGUUGGUAUUCGCCCUAUACACGAUCUGGCGUCCCGACUGCAAGCUGUGAGCUAUGCACGCUUCCCAUUUCCGGAAAAAUCGUGACUGCUGGCGGAUGUCGAUUCCACCCGGAGUGCUUUACGUGUUUCCACUGCCACACAGCUCUCGAAUGUGUGGCCUUUUACCAAGAACCGGAGUCUAGCAGAGCCGAAAGAUUGGCAACCGAGGCUGAUGAGCAUGAUCAUGAGGCCCGUGUGCCACGGUUCUACUGCCACCUAGAUUUCCACGAGAUGUUCAGCCCUCGUUGCAAGAGCUGCAAGACCCCUAUUGAAGGAGAAGUGGUGGUGGCAUGUGGUGCCGAAUGGCAUGUCGGCCACUUCUUCUGCGCAGAGUGCGGUGAUCCCUUCGAUUCCCAAACUCCCUUUGUCGAGAAAGACGGCUUCGCAUGGUGUCUUCACUGCCACUCGCGCCGUACUGCACCACGUUGUCUAGGCUGCAAGCAGCAUGUCAUGGAUGAGGUUGUCAUCAGCGCAAUUGGUGGCCAGUGGCACGAGCGCUGCUUCAAUUGUCACGAGUGUGGCGAUGGUUUUGGUCCGGAGGGCCGGUUCUUCGUUCGCGAAGGCGAGCCCAAGCGAACAGCCAAGGGCCGCGUGAUCGGUGGUCCGGUCCAACUGGCGAUCUGUGAGAGAUGUGAAGGUAUCCGUCUUAAGGCGCCUGGGAUGUGCUAG